GUGUAUCUGGACGUGCGCGUCGACGGCCAGCACGCGGGCCGGCUCGAGGUCGAGCUCUUCGACGGCCUCGCGCCGAAAACCGCGGCGAACUUCCGAGCGUUGUGCGUCGGCGCGGGCCAGACGUCCUACGGCCUGUCGAAGACCUACGUCGGGUCCGCGUUCCACCGCAUCAUCCCGAACUUCGUCGCCCAGGGCGGCGAGUACACGCUCGGCCGCGGCGGCGAGUCGAUCUACCCGGGCAACGAGUUCGCGGACGAGUGGGACAACGGCAUGCUCCGCCACGACCGGCGGGGGCUGCUGUCCAUGGCCAACGCGGGGCCCGACACGCAGACGUCCCAGUUCUUCCUCACGCUGGGCGCGACGGGCGCGCUCGACGGGAAGCACGUCGUCUUCGGCGUCGUCGCGCGCGGCCUCGCCGUGCUCGACGCCAUCGAGGCCGGCGGCACGUCGAGCGGCGCGCCCGUGAAGCGCGUCGUCAUCUCGGCGGCCGGGGCACUC